AUGGCAACAUUCGAAAAAAUCAAAAAAGAAUUAAACGAUGCAAAGGAUAGAUUGAAUAAGGCGGAGGAAAAGUUGAAGGAAUUCAAAGAGGGGUGGAAAGAGAAGAAAAUAUGGGAGUUGGAGAAGAGGUUGGAUGAUGGAGAAGAAAGGAAUGUGGAGCAGAGGAAAGGGUGGGUGAAAAAGUUGCAGGACGCGUUCGUGAAUUUUGAAGAAAAAGGUGUUAGUGAGGAUCCCAACUGGAAUAACUCUGAAUCAAUUCAUGCAUGGAUAAAGCAUUUUAAACGAAACCCAGAUAUUCAACCAUCUAAGUUUGUGAGCUCCUUUGGUUCCAUUUUUCCUUUAAAGGGACGAGAAAAUACAAUACAAACCUUGUGGAAUGGCACUGACAGUAGAAAUGGCAUGUAUAGAAGGUUUGCAAUGCGAAAAAUAAGAGACCGAUCACUUCAUCCUAUUCCUAUCCUGGUUGGCGGACCUGGUACUGGCAAAAGCCGGAUCCUUCAAGAAUUUCCAGAAUUGCUGUAUAAUUAUGCUCAACAAUAUCCAGAUGACUGUGAGCUCAAGAAUGUAAUUUGUGGAAAUAAAAUAUUGGCCAUUAAUGUCACAUUUGGUAAUGGCAGUAAUGUUGACACUACAGAUACUGAAAUUGGAGGUGAAGCAUUGGUUGGAUGUAAACAAAGUUCUGAGAAGAUUUUAGUUCGUUCGAUUAUAAGAGCUGUUGGAGGAUUAAGUUGUAGCAGCUCAGAGAGAUUUUAUGUACCUAUCUUGUCUGGAACAAUACAAGGACCUCUUGAAGCUUUUGUUAGAGAAUCCACAUAUCUUUUUUUACGUUUACCACUCCGCCGCCUUAGAGAUGAUGAAACAGAAAAAUAA